CUUUAAUUACUUUGUAAGUAGAAUUUAACGCCAUGCAUGUCGGACCGGGAAAACUGCAAGCGAACGACUACGCCCAGACAGAGUAUGGCAAGAACGUCGUGAACGGGCUGCGGAAAGAAGAAGAACUUAAGAAGGCCACGGUUCAGUCGCUCUCGAAUGAGCACGACCAUGUCUUGAAGACGUUUAGAUUGCUGAUCGCUGAUUUGUGCCAGCAAUUUAAUGGAGGGCAUCCAGGUGGAGCGAUCGGUAUGGCUGCAAUUGGGGUCGCAUUGUGGAAGUAUGUAAUGAGGUACGCGCCGCACACACCUGACUAUUUCAACCGCGACCGAUUCGUCCUGUCAAACGGCCACGCGUGUCUUCUCCAGUACACAUUUCUCCAUUUGACAGGUUAUAAAGCCAUGACGCUUAAUCAGCUCAAAUCAUACCAUUCCGAUCGAGUCGAUGCGCUUUGUCCAGGUCACCCGGAGAUCGAGCAUGAAGGUAUAGAAGUGACAACUGGGCCACUGGGGCAGGGGGUAGCAAAUGCUGUUGGACUUGCUAUGGCAACUAAGAAUCUCCAAGCCAUUUAUAAUACUCCAGAUUUCGACGUUGUCUCCAACCACACGUGGUGCAUGGUUGGGGACGCAUGUCUGCAAGAAGGCGUGGCCCUGGAAGCCAUCUCAUUUGCUGGACACCUGAGACUGAACAAUCUCACCAUCAUAUAUGAUAAUAACCAAAUUACGUGCGAUGGGAGCGUCGACCUCACCAACACCGAAGAUGUAAACGCGAAGAUGAGAGCAAGUGGGUGGGACGUGAUAGAUAUUGAAGACGGAUGCUUUGAUAUCCAAGGAAUUGUCAGGGCAUUGAACAAAGCAAGAGAGUCGAAAGGAAAGCCCACAUUCAUUAAUGUGCGGACUAUCAUCGGACUCGGAAGUGCGGUAGCAGGCAAUGCGGUGGCACACGGGGUUGCGUUCGGUCCAGCAGACGUCGCAAAUAUGAAGAAACUGUACUCCUUCGACCCAAAAGAGUCGUUUGUCGUCAGCGAAGACGUGCGAAGAUUCUUUAAAAAUAUUCCAGCAGAGGGACAGAGCUUGGUGAAAGCCUGGGAAGAAAAGGUUCGGGAAUACGAGGCGAAGUACCCUAAGCUAGGCGCAGAAUUCCGAAGACGAGUGGAAGGACGCUUACCGGAAAAUUGGAAAGAGCUAAUUCCAAGCACGUUCCCACAGAGGCCGACAGCAACGAGAGUAGCAUCAGGGCUAGUGUUUAACCCCGUUGCCAAGGAAGUGAAUAACUUCAUGGUUGGUACUGCCGAUCUGUCGCCUUCAGUCAACAUGAUCUGGAAAGGGAAGGUUGACUUCCAACAUCCUGGUCUCAAGACAGCGUGCGGUAUUAUGGGAGAUUACAGUGGGCGAUACAUCCACUAUGGUGUACGAGAGCACGCCAUGUGCGCGAUAUCAAAUGGGCUAGCUGCCUUCGCGCCGAACACUUACACCCCAAUCACUUCUUCCUUCUUCAUUUUCUACCUCUAUGCGGCUCCUGCUGUUCGUAUGGGUGCAUUGCAGCGCCUCCAGGUGAUUCACGCUGCCACACACGACUCAAUUGGUAUGGGUGAGGAUGGCCCAACCCACCAGCCUAUCGAACUAGCGGCGUUAUAUCGAGCAAUGCCCGAAGUUUUAUAUAUUAGACCGGGCGAUAGUGAAGAGACGGCAGGCGCGUGGAUCGCUGCAAUUGAUGCAAAGAAAAUGUCAACUAUUAUCUCGACUUCUAGGCAUGCCCUGCCACAGCUAGCCCACACAAAUCGGAAUAGUGUGGCCAAAGGUGCCUACGUGUUGGAGGAAGUUGAGGACGCCGACGUAACAUUAAUUGGCGUGGGUGGGGAGUUAUCUUUUGCUGUGGAAGUGGCCAAUGAACUGAAAUCGACUAAGAAUGUCAGAGCUCGGGUUGUCAGUUUCCCAUGCCAGCGGCUGUUCGAAGCUCAAUCCUUGGAAUACAAGCGAGAUACGCUGAGAAGGCACCGUGGUAUACCAGCAGUCGUCAUCGAGCCGUAUGCUCCGAACGGCUGGGAAAGAUACGCAAACGCGGCUAUCUGCGUGAAGCGAUUCGGUCACAGCCUCCCGGGCAAGGCAGCUUACGAGUUCUUUGGGUUCGAAGUCGCCCCUAUGGCAGCUAAGGUGGGAGAGUACUUGACAAGGAUUCAGGCGGACCAUAUCUUAAGGCAAGAAUUCGCCGACUUGUAGAUGCACCAAGACUCUCAGACCAGGAGCUAUAUAAUUUACGUUAGACGCAUAGGCUGCUUGCUGGCGCCCAGCCGGAAGCCUUUCCCUGAAACUCACAUCGCUU